UUCAAGAGAACACCAAGGACGUAUUUUAGUAACAAAGCCGCAAGCUCUGGAAGCUCCUUUUGUGUGUCGAAUGUGCCAACCCGCGUUCAAGGCGUAGCUUUAGAGCAAUGGCAGCGCCUUUUGUUCAACCGAAUGCCCGAAUCAGCCCACAAUGAAAUAAUCGGUGGAUUAUAUCGUUUAAUAAAACAAUUCACUGUCUCAUCUCUUCACAUGGCUUCAACUGGGACUAUCUUAACCAAUUAAUGUCGAUUUGCGAUCCUUCCGAUUCGAUGUGAGGCUUCCGAAGCGGCCAAUCUUGAGGAACGUGGAGUAAUGUAAACGUCAACACCAUCUGACCCAGCCGCGGCUGUUGGCAAUAUGGGCCUGGACUUUGACGUGAAGACCUUCUGUCACAACUUGCGGGCCACCAAGCCGCCUUAUGAGUGUCCUGUGGAGAGCUGUCGCAAGGUGUACAAGAGCUACAGCGGCAUUGAGUACCACCUCUACCACUAUGACCACGACAACCCGCCUCCUGCACAGGCUAUGCCCCAGAAGAAACGCAAGGGACGGCCUCCUCGUGCGUCACUAGUUGGGUCAAUGGAUAUGGAUGAUGGCGGCGGUAGUGGAGGAGGGCAGGGGCAUGGUGGAAAUACACCUUGUAGCCCCAAUCGGUCUGAGCUGUCACAUUCCCCUAGCAGGGACACAAUGACCUACGCCCAAGCGCAGCGAAUGGUAGAACUGGAGAUUCAAGGACGUAUUCACCGUAUCAGCAUCUUCGAGAACAUCGAUGUCGUCUCAGAGGAGGACAGCGAUGCAGAGAAUGGCCCGCCUUCUGUCACAGGUGGAAGCGCCGGAGGGGUGUGUAACGGUAGCGACGGCGGAGCUGGAGGCAGCGAAGUAGGAGGCACUGGUAAGGACAGGCCUGAUAUGUCGUCAUCUAAUGGGGGCAAAGCCACGCCAAAGUCCGGGAAACAUAAAAGUAAGGAAAAGAAGAAGGAUGGCUUUUCUCAUCAACACAGCACUCAGUCGGGACCUGCCGUUAAACUGCCCGAGGCAGUGUUUCGAGAACUGGACCAAGAGAGACCCGAUGCCCCUGUUCGGCCUUCGUCUUAUUACAGGUACAUCGACAAGUCUGUAGAGGAGCUGGAUGAGGAAGUGGAGUACGACAUCGACGAGGAGGACUACAUCUGGCUCGACAUCAUGAACGACAAACGUCGGCUUGACGGUGUGACGCCCAUCCCUCAGGAGGUCUUUGAGUACCUCAUGGACCGUCUAGAAAAAGAAUCAUAUUUUGAGAGCCAUAACAAGGCAGACCCCAGCACCCUCAUUGAUGAGGAUGCUGUAUGCUGCAUCUGUAACGACGGCGAGUGUCAGAACAGCAACGUGAUCCUCUUCUGUGACAUGUGCAACCUGGCGGUGCACCAAGAGUGCUAUGGAGUGCCGUACAUCCCGGAGGGCCAGUGGCUGUGUCGUCGCUGCCUGCAGUCGCCGAGUCGAGCGGUGGACUGCGCUCUCUGCCCCAACAAGGGAGGAGCGUUCAAACAGACGGACGACGCGCGCUGGGCUCACGUCGUGUGCGCCCUUUGGAUUCCAGAGGUCUGCUUUGCUAACACCGUCUUUCUGGAGCCAAUAGACAGCAUUGAGCACAUCCCUCCUGCGCGCUGGAAGCUAACCUGCUACAUCUGCAAGCAGCGGGGCUCGGGCGCCUGCAUCCAGUGUCACAAAGCCAACUGUUACACCGCCUUCCACGUCACGUGCGCCCAACAAGCAGGCCUCUACAUGAAAAUGGAGCCGGUCAGAGAGACCGGAGCCAAUGGAACCUCGUUCAGCGUCCGUAAGACGGCCUAUUGUGAUAUCCACACUCCGCCGGGAUCAGCCCGACCGUUGGGAGGAGUCGGCGGCGCGAGCAUGGCGUCGUCUCAAAGUGAAGGGGAACUAGAGGAGGACGACGAGCCCAGCAUCGGCCAUGACGAGGACUCCAGGGGCUGGAGCUCGGAGCGUGCCAAGAGGGCCAAGGCCAAGUCCAGGCUGAAGAUGAAGAGAGCGAGGAAGAUCUUGGCUGAGAGGAGAGCUGCUGCUCCAGUUGUGUCUGUCCCCUGUAUACCCCCCCAUAGGCUAAGCAAAAUCACCAGUAACUUAACAGUACCCAGAAAGAGCCAGUUUAUGCAGCGACUUCACAGCUACUGGACACUAAAGAGGCAAAGCCGCAAUGGUGUGCCUCUGCUGCGACGUCUGCAAACCCACCUGCAAUCGCAACGACAUGUUGACCCCCUCCCACCACAGCCUUCAGCCCAAGUUCCUGUGAGGGACAGCGAAGAGAAACAAAGUGCUUUAAAGGAGCAACUGAAGGCAUGGCAGAGACUAAGACACGACUUGGAGAGAGCCAGGCUGCUCGUGGAACUCAUCCGGAAGAGGGAAAAACUCAAGAGGGAAACGAUCAAAAUGCAGCAGAUGGCGCUGGAGAUCCAGCUGACGCCCCUCCUGGUGCUUCUGAGGAGCACACUGGAGCAGUUACAGGAAAGAGACACUAGCAACUUCUUCACUGAGCCUGUGCCCCUUGCAGAGGUUCCAGACUACCUGGACCACAUUGACACUCCCAUGGACUUCCAGACUAUGUGGAACCUUCUCGAGUCCCACCGCUACCUCACUUUUGAGGCGUUUGAGGCCGACUUUGGCCUCAUAGUCAACAACUGCCUGAAAUACAACGCUAAGGAUACGGUUUUCUACCGCGCUGCCCUGCGGCUCAGAGAAAUGGGGGGACCGGUCAUCAGGACUGCCAGACGGCAAGCGGAGCGGAUCGGCUUUGACUACGAAACUGGCAUGCACCUUCCUCGAGAGCCAAGCCCAGACACUCGGCGGGAACAAGACAGGGAACGGGAACGGGAGCGAAACAGAGAAAGAGAAACUGACUGGCAAUUGUCUUCAAAUGAAGAUGAACUCCUCCUGCCAGAAAACAGGCGUCGCCUACCUUUGGAGGAGCAGUUACAUUACGUGCAGGCGCGUCUUGAGGAGGUCAUCUCGGGGAAGCACACCAUCGGCCAGUCUCGCAGAGCCAAAGCUCUAAGGAAGGAGCUCAGCGUCAUUAAGAGGAAGCUGGCUCACCAGCGAGAAGGUCUGGGGUCCAGGGAGUCAGUAGGAGGAGAUCGGGGUUCCCACUCCCAUCACACAUCUGCAGGACACCACGAUGAAGGAGAAGAAAGCAGCAGUCAGGAGCUUGGUGGAAAAGCUCCAGAAGUGGGUCGACGGACAUCAGUUCUUUUCUCCAAGAAGAACCCAAAAAUGGCCGGACCUCCAAAAAGGCCGGGGCGCCCUCCAAAAAACCGUGACACGGGCUAUGCCACGACGGGAGUAACCCCCAGCCCGAUCGGGCCGCCCCAGUUACCCAUGCUGUCGCCAAGCAGACAGAGGAAGCGUCCGCGUAGCCCCCACACUAGCUCCAGCUCUGACAGCGACAGCGACGACCUGCUGCCAGGUUUGCCAAGCAACGGUUUUGACGGGCGCAACCAGCCCGUUACGGAAAGCUUUCGUGUAUAUAGAAAUGACACCCGUCUUCCACGUUCCAGCUCGGACUCGGAGUCCACCACCAGUAGCAGCAGCAGCGCUGCCUCUGACCGUACCAGUACAACGCCCUCAAAGCAAGGCAGAGGAAAGGCCUCAUUCUCUCGCUCCGCCUUCCAAGAGGACAGCAGCGAGGAGACGUCGGGCACUGAAAAUGAGUCCUACUCAGUCGGAGGGUCACGGGGAGUUUCACACCUGGUUCGCAGCCGAGCCAGGUCUGGAUGCUGGAUGACCUCGGAUGAUUACUCUUCUUUGGAGGCUCUGGACUUGGUGUGGGCCAAGUGCAGAGGUUACCCUUCGUAUCCUGCUCUGAUCAUUGAUCCGAAAAUGCCCAGAGAGGGGGUGUUCCAUCGGGGUGUCCCCAUCCCGGUCCCCCCAUUGGAUGUUCUGAAACUUGGUGAGCAAAUGACCCAGGAAGCCAGGGAGCACUUAUUCCUGGUCCUCUUCUUUGACAAUAAGAGAACCUGGCAGUGGCUCCCGCGCUCCAAGUUGGUACCACUCGGAGUGGACCAAGAGCUGGAUAAGGAGAAGAUGCUAGAGGGCAGGAAAUCCAACAUCCGCAAGUCCGUGCAGGUUGCCUACCACCGGGCCAUGCAGCACCGCAGCAAAGUACAAGGAGACCCAAGCAGCGAGACCAGCGACAGUGACUAAAACUACACAAACACAUACAAUGAAUAUGAUCGGUACCGUGGACUAGAAUUCCCCACUUCAUCAUGGAAGCCAUGAUAGGUAUCACCAAGCUGUGAUUCACCUUGACGUGUGAAAUAAAUAAAUGUAUUUAAGAGAAUAACUAAUAAUAAUAAUCAUGGAAAAAUUAUAACGUGCAGUCAUGAAUGACAGGAACGCAUGAAUGUGGGUCUAAAUGUUUAUUUUAAAAAACAAUUACGUCAUGGUUUACAGAAACUAGAACUAAAAAGGUUAACAAGGAAAAUGCAUUGAGUGUACAAAGAAGUGCACACAUCGGAAUAGCUGCCAUCACCCAUCACACGUUCACAUUCAUCACCAUCCUAUCCCACAAACAGGCCUGGUGCUAAACGUCCAGUCCCUUACACACAACUAAGAGACUAUUGCAGCCUAAACUGUGGGUGAAUUUCAUGUUAUUUAUUGUGUACUGCUCCCCCUCCCUCCCAAGCUGGCUUCAACACUUUACUGUUUUUUUUUUUUAUUAUUAUUAUUUUGUCCGUCACUUGUAAUCAUGGAUGUCACUCAUAAUCACAAUCACACUCCUGUUUUUAGGAUUUUGUAAUGUGGCACAGGUCAGUGACCAAACUGAGAUGCUCCGUCUCCUCGUCUUGGGCUGAUCGCUUUAAAACUUUUAUAUGAAUACAGAUUGCUUAAGCAUAGAAGUUUAAUAAUAAAAAAAAUGAAUACAUGCUUUUUUUAAAAACUUGUGGUGUGCUUUGUGUGUAUGUCAACCUUUUUCAGUGUUCUUCCUUGUUCCUCCCAACAGGUAACGACAUACUGUACUCCGCUCACUGUAAAGUAUUUUUAGGAGAAUAAACUCACCCUGCACACUGGUUUUACAAGUUGGUCGA